CGAGCUUCAUGCUUGAAUGUAGCAACACAAUAAGCAUCGAGAUAUUUGUUGACUAGCAUUGGCCUACUUUAAGCGUUUUUAGGGAAUUCGGCGCUCAGACGCUGCAGUUUGUUCAGUAGGUCAAUGUCGUCAUGAUCUUUAGACUAAGAUAUUGAGUACUCGAGCGAUGACUGUACUGUAUUGUGCUACAUUGCUCGCCCUGCACAGCCGAAACCGGUCUUCUACAGCCCGUUCAACGAAUUUACACAUUCAGCAUGUCUUUCUUCAACACGCUCCUCAGCCCCAAGGUCUUAGUGCCACUCGCAGGCAAUGUCGUCGCAGUUGGAUCCGCAACAUAUUACCUGCAAUCGAAGAUCAACUACAAUCUUGAAGAGCAAGAGGCACGUCUGGACGAAAUCGAAGGCACAUUACGGGGUCACAUUGGCCUGAUCGAAGACGCGCUGGACAGGAUCGAAAAGAAGCCUAACCAAAACCAUCAGGAGAAGUUGUACAGUCAAAGAGCAAGAGACGAGAAGAAGGGGAAACAGAAAUAGUCUUCGAGCGAAGUUGGGGUCGACUGCACAUGGCUUGGUAAAAGUGCGCCGUGUAAUCUAUGUACGUUGUGGAUAGGCACAUUUCUGUAUGUAACAAGC